AUGGACUCAAAUAUGGUGGGAGCUACGGCCUUCGAGCCAGAAAUGGCCCAGGUCAAGGUCACAUUCACCACGACUGAGGAUGACCUCCAAUUGCCCGAAACCAAGAGACAGCUGCUCGUCCCAGCCGACAUAAGACGUCUCGGACUCUCCCGCAUCCUCAACUCCGAGUCCAUGCUGGCCACCCCCCAGCCCGUCCCCUUUGACUUCCUCAUCAACGGCACCUUCCUGACCUCUACCCUCGAGGACUACCUCUCGCAGAACGGCCUGUCUUUCGAGUCCAACAUCACACUCCAAUACGUCCGCAGCUUAAUACCGCCCAAGUACGAGGCCUCCUUCGAGCAUGACGACUGGGUCAGCGCUGUCGACGUGCUCUCCUCCACAUCUCCCGCGGGGCACUGGUCAGGCGAGUCCUUCACGGCGGGUCACGACAGGAUACUCUCUGCUUCAUAUGAUGGCCUGUUGAGGAUAUGGAACGGCUCGGGGGACAUCAUCACCACCUCGCCGGCGGCAAGCAGCGGCGGACACAGCGCGGGCAUCAAGGCCGCCAAGUUCCUCUCCUCCACCCAGAUAGCCUCCGGCGGCCUCGACCGAACCGUGCGCGUGUGGAAGUACGCCGAGAAUGACGCCCAUUCCUCCGGUGAGAUGAAGCCCACCCUCGAGCUGUUCGGGCACAAGUCCACCAUCGACUCGCUUGAGGUGGACGGCCCCUCCAAGCGCAUCCUAACCGCGUCCGCGGACGGCUGCAUCGGCCUGUGGAGCACCUCGAAGGCCUCGGCGCCCGCAGCGCCAGCAGAGCUGCUGCCAGGGAGCACGCACGCCAGCAAGAAGAGGAAGUUGGGCAGUGCGGUGUCGACGCCUCAGCGCGGCGCGCUGCACCUCGCCCCCUUCCACAAGGGACCCGCCUCGGCUGCCAUCUUCGACCCGCGGGACAGGACGGUGGCGUACAGCGCGGGCCAUGACCACGACUUGCACACCAUCGACCUCACGACCAUGUCCAAGGUUAGCACAAUACCCUCGUCGAGUGCCCUGCUCUCCCUCUGCGCCCUUCCUGGCCCCUCGGGAAGUCCGCUACUGGCUACCGGAACGUCAUUGCGGAACGUGAUGUUGGUAGAUCCGCGGGAGUCGCAGGUCCGGACGUCCGUAAUGACGCUCAGGGGGCACGUGAACAAGGUCGUGUCAUUGUCCAAGUGUCCAGACAACAGCCACUCGCUCGUCUCCGGAUCGCACGAUGGGACGUGCAGGAUUUGGGAUCUGAGGAGUGUCAGGCCUGCGAAAGGCGACGACGGCGUCGCAGGUGGCGGAGUCAGCGAGGCGGUGUAUGUUAUCGAGCGGGAGAGCAGGGGCGGCAAGAAGAGGCCGCUGGCUGGCGAGGGCUGCAAAGUGUUCAGUGUGACCUGGGAUGAGACGUGGGGGAUUGUCAGUGGUGGUGAGGAUAAGAGGGUGCAAGUCAAUAGGGGAAGGGACAUCAUUGCAUCUUGA